AAGCCCAAAAUGUUGCAAGUUUCAAGUUAAUCCCACACCGUGCGGCGGCUCCGAUGACAUGAAAUGAAGACCACCGCCGUUAUCAGCCGUCUCUUCCGCCUGAAAAUACGCCUGGAAAAUUCUCGGCAUCGCUUAUUCUCUUCAACUGCCGCCGCCGCCGCCUCGGAACUCCGGUCCAAGUACUCUUUCGUAGCUCCCCCAUCUCUGAACCCUCAGUCCCCGAAUAAAAACCCUAAAUUUCAAUCCCAAUCUCGAAAGCCUUCAAAGCCCCCAUACCGCCCGCCGUCGUCGCUGGAUAGGUCUGACCGGCCAAUUAGGUCCGAUCUUCCAUUCGACUUCCGAUUCAGCUACACUGAAAGCAGCGCCAAAGUGCGGCCAAUUGGACUGAGGGAGCCGAAAUACUCCCCUUUCGGGCCGGGCCGUCUGGACCGGGUAUGGACUGGGGUCUGUGCCCCUGCGGUCGACCCCAAGGUGGCCUCUGCCGCAAUCGACGACGAUUUGGAGGAGAAACGGAGAGCGGCGAGGGAUCGAAUUCAGGGGGAGCCAUUGACGAAUGCUGAAAGAAAAGCUCUUGUUGAGAGGUACCAGAGGCAUAAAACCAAGCGGCAGAUAAAUAUAGGGAGGGAUGGCUUAACACAUAACAUGUUGAACGACAUUCAUAACCACUGGAAACUUGCCGAGGCUGUCAGGAUCAAGUGUAUGGGAGUGCCUACUGUUGAUAUGAAAAAUAUAUGCACUCAAUUGGAGGACAAAACGAUGGGUGCGAUCAUCUUUAGACGCGGAGGCCAGCUUGUGCUUUACAGAGGUAGAAAUUAUAAGCCCAAAGAAAGGCCUUUGAUUCCACUGAUGUUGUGGAAACCUCAAGAACCUGUUUACCCGAGGCUUAUAAAAACUACUAUUGAAGGCUUGAGCAUGGAGGAGACGAAGGAGAUGAGAAAAAGGGGGCUGUCCGUGCCUGUCUUGACCAGGCUCAGUAAAAAUGGCUACUAUGGUAGUAUUGUUCCUAUGGUUCGUGAUGCUUUUCUUAAUGAUGAGCUCGUUAGGAUAGACUGCAAAGGUCUUCCCAUUAGUGAUUAUAAGAAAAUUGGGUGCAAACUUAGGGACUUGGUUCCUUGCAUCCUCGUCUCCUUUGAGAAAGAACAGAUUGUGGUAUGGAGGGGGAAGGACUACAAACCUGUAGAAGGAGGGUUCUUUGUUGCCGAGGAUAUACUAUUGGAUAAGGCCGACGGAAACGAGAGCACAGAUUACAACCCAGAUCAUAGAUGGUUCGACACUGAUGAUUUUUCUAACGAUGCCUGACCUAGCCCCACUCUGGUCAAGCUCCAAACACGCUACGUGGCUCUGCCAGAAAGAGGCGAUUCUCAGAAAACAGGGGAAAUUGAAAUUAUUUGAUCGAUCCGGGGAGGCUUGCUGGUUCUCACAUCAAUGAAUGAAACCUUGCAACUUACAAUUAUCUUAUUAUUUGGUUAUUCUUUCCCCCUCGAGUCCAAAUCUUGUGUGUUUGUCAGAGAUAAUUGCGGUAUCUUGAUGACUACAAGUUCAGAGGUUUAUAGUUCUACUUUUGCACCCGUGCGUGCGAUUCUUUGAUUGGUUGUGGUUGUUUACUGAAAAAAACUAAUCUUCGUAAUGUUCUUGGUGGGAGAAAGCUAUAAAUAGUAUGUGUAUGUUUUUUUGCCUAAUUAUUUUGUUUGUAAGAGUAUGAUAUAAAAUGUAAUGCUAUUAGAAAGUAACAUUAAGGAUUACUUACUUAGAGUAAAUCUGUGUGUGUCAGUGACUGUCAAGAGUAAUUUUAUAAAGAGUAUAUAUGAGUUUAUUCGAUUACAUUAGAGAUAUAAUAGUGCAUUAAUGUUGUAUGUUAAAGAUGAGAAUACGUGAUCUUCAUUAUUGUCGAGAAAACCUAUAUUGAUGAGUUUUUAUCUUCCAAUAAUUUGCCCAGCUGUCGUUCUUUUACAUAACCAAGUGCCCGGUUAACUUAUUGUAUCGUUUUUACAAGCUUACGUACUUGUAUUCAAUAAUAAUCUUUCAAGAUUUAUGAACUUAUUGAUUAAGUUCUUUCUAUCUAUCUAU